AUGAUUGAUCAGCAGCCAAAGCUAUCGUAUUUUCCCAUCGACACGAGGUGCAGCGGAGGACCACCGGAGCCGGAUACGGCCGGAUCGUUGUCGAACGAAAAUACACCCACCCAACACCCGCCACCCACCGUCAGUGGUAGUGCGAAAACACCAAUUACGACGCCUGGCGCGACCCCGUCCUCACUAAGCCCACCUUCAGCCCACAGGCCAUACCCUGCCGGGUCGACCGUGUCAUCACCCACGUUAGCAGAAGGCCAACGACUCCUGCUUGCCGCCGUCAUGACAGGUCCAGGUGAAGGUGGAACACGUCCUGGGGACACGGAACCUGCGGGGCACCUAGCUGGAUCCCUGUGUGGACAGUGCUGCGGCCCGAUCUGCGAUCGCUACAUCAUGAAGGUGGUCGACAUCACCUACCACGAGCGGUGUCUCCAAUGCACGUCCUGCUCGAUCCGGCUCAUGCACUCCUGCUUCAUGCGCGAUGGCAAGCUGUACUGCCGGUUCGACUACGAGCGCCUGUACGGGCGGAACAGAUGCCUCGGAUGUGGUGAGAAGAUCGGUGCGGACGAGCUGGUAAUGCGCGCCCUGGAUAAUGUGUUCCAUCUGAAGUGCUUCAUCUGCGUCGUGUGCGGUGCCCGGCUGCAGAAGGGCGAUCAGUACGUCAUCAAGCAGAGUCAGCUGUUCUGCCGGCCCGACUACGAGAAGGAGGUGGAAAUGUUCCAGGGUUACAGCUACGAUGAGUACUGCUGUGAGGACAUGUUUCAGACGCGCAUCGACGGGCGGCGUGGCCCGAAACGCCCCAGAACCAUCCUGACGACGCAACAGCGGCGUGCCUUUAAGGCGUCGUUCGACAUAUCGCCCAAACCGUGCCGGAAAAUUCGCGAAGGCUUAGCGAAGGACACCGGGCUUAGCAUAAGGAUAGUACAGGUAUGGUUCCAAAACCAGCGGGCCAAAAUGAAGAAAAUCCAGAAGAAACAGCUCAAGGAUGGUGGCAAGAGUUCACAUCACGGUAGCGGUUCCAGCGGUGGCAGUGGCAACUCCCACACCGGCACGAAAAACCACAACGGCAGCAGUACCAAGGGCAACGACUCGCAGGAGGAGCUGUCCGACAACGAGAGUGCCGUCGGGGGCAAGUUGUCGCUCCGCAUCAAGGACGAAAACUCGAGGUCAAACAACUACCUCCAUGAUAGCUGCAGCGAUAACGAAGGCACCGUCACUGAUAACGACGGUGGUCCGUACGGUGGCACGGCGGCUCGCCUCGGUUUGGGUGGAUCCGAUCCCUACAAGAUCGUGAAGGAGGAGCUGGAUCUCGAGGACGACUACUUCCGGAUGGCCAUGUCGACUCCGAACCACCAUCACCACCAUCAGCAGCAGCAGCAGCAGCAGCAAUUUCAGCCGAAUCCGAACCAGCAUAACCAACAUAAUCACCAUCAUCACCUCCAGACGCCAGGCGGGGGCCGUUUCGGUGGAAAAUCAUUCGCCAGCGAACACCACGCGAAUGCAGGCAUCAAGACGGAAAACAUGGCACUGGAUUCGGGAUCGCUGCUAACCUCCGGCAACAACGGUUUGGACUACGGUGUGUCGCUGCAACAGUUGGCCUCGUCGUUGAAUGGAGGCAAUCCCGGUGGCGGAACUGGCUGCCACGGAGGUCCUGAAUCCCUCGGUGCACCGAUGCUGAACCCCAUCGAUCGGCUUUACUCGAUGCAGAGCUCGUACUUCUGCAACCAAGACAGCCCGCUGAUUCCACCGUGUCCUGCGAGUUCAACCGGACAUGCCACCGGAACACCACCGACCGGAAACCACCAACGUCCUGCGCCCGGGACUGCAGGACCACCGUUACAGCAACACCACGGGAUACAGUCGAUGGCGCCGCACCAUUUUGCGCCCGGUGCAUCGGGCAUGGGAGGUGGUCUAGGUGCAUCGAACGUUGGCAUGGCGCAGCACAUUGGUGGAAUGUGCAACGCCAUGAUCGAGCAGCAACAGCAACAGCAGCAAGAGAGCGUAAUGUAAGC